AGCUGUUCCUCGCUGAUGGGGAAAGGCUUGGAGCUGAGGAAAGCACUCUCACUCCUGGACAGACAGCGCUCACAUGAGCCUCUGAAGCUUAUUCUCUCCUUAGAUUUCACCCUGGAUUUUUCAAAAGUCUUUUUUUUUUUUUUUUUUUUGUCUUGUAAUUUAUUUGUGCUGGAACAGAGCAGAACACCUCAAGGCUGAAUCUGUUCCUUUGCACUUGACGGUGGAGGUAAGGCAGAGGCAGUGUGGGUAGGUGCGAGUUUGUUUCAGCUGAGGAUAUUACCUCAUAGAGGAUAAGCUGUGAUUGAAGAGGUCCGACAGAGGUCUCUCCCUCUGACUCCAUUACUCGCCUCUUAUCUGGACAGAUUUUCUGUUCGGGUUCAGAGGGGAAGUUUUGACAGCCAGGCUUUACAGCCCCCUCUCCACUCUGUCGCUCCUGACAGAGAGAAAGAGAGAGAGAGUUUGUAUGUGUGGAGAGGUGGUGACUUCAUUCCCUCUCUUAACCAACCCUCCUCUUUCCCCCUCCUUUUUUUGACCUUUUUUUUUUCUUUUUUGCACAGCACAGUAAGGCAGCAUGCCAGCAGUUUUCAUCUUGCUGCGGUCCCUGGUUAUCAGGCUCCUCAGUAGCAGACUGGCAGGCUCAGUGGCACAGUUCCUCAGGAGAAGCCUCUCUACAGGCGCUGCCCACCUUGGCACAGCGCUGCGCCACGUCUGGGACCGCAUUCGAUCCCAGGAGUCCAAGGAAGCCGUCCUGGGCUGUGUGCUGUGCAUUCUCAAUAUGCACAAGAAGGUGGAGAACUGAGCUCUCCCUCCACUUUCUGUUCAACACUCCACUUGCUUGCUUAACAGAGACUGGGCAAACAGAACUGGUGAGUGAGAAGAGUGUACAAAGGGAUGUGACAGACUUUUUUUAAUGCCCAUUUGGACUUUAGCAUAUUUUGUUUUUUUAUCUGGACACUGGCAAUGUCUGAGAGCAUUGUGAGGAAGGUCCAGCCUUUUACCAUUGGGACGAGGCUGUCGGCCCCGGCUGUGCCAAAAUGCCAGGAGUUUACACAGAGUUAUCUGCAGAGCCAGAGUCUGGAUAACUGCACUCUGCAGCACAACCUGAACUCUCUCUACCUCAGUCGAUCCCAGGUCUGCACACACAGCCCCUGUCUCGUCUCACCCGCCGUCAAGCAGGUAACCCCGGUGAAGCACAACCAGGAGGACAUGGCAGCUGAGGACCACCUGAACCAGAACGUCGCCUCUGCCUCUGCUGUCUCCAGGUCAAUCAAGAAGAUCACAAUCUCUGGGAAUAAAGGCAGAUCAGAGAACAAGGUGUCAGUGGGACCAGCACAGCUCUCAAUCACAGGGUCCACAUCUGAAAACAACAAUAACAACAACAACGUCACCAGCACAUCAGCCGAUCCACAUCUGCCCAGGAUUGUGGGUGUGAGCUGUGAGAAUAAGUCCAGUUCUCACUUCAAGGUUUUACUCAGAAGAGACAGCAGUGACGAACUUCAGGCCACGCAGGCACAAACCAGGCUACAACUAAACGUUUUAGAGAAAUCCGUCCAACAGAUUUCAGCGCCUGAAACGCUAAAGAAAGAGCCUCAGAGGAAAGAAAGCCAUCCACACACACAGAAUGAAGCGUCGGCAGCUGUUACGUCCCAGAGUGACUGCUUCACUCAACGCAACUCGCUCUUCAACAAGGAAGUACUGCAGGCAGAGGCGUGGAUCAAAGGCAAGCUGCAGGACCUGAAGGAUGGAUGUAAUAUUCAGCGCUGCCCCCUGCAGGACUGGGAAGAGGCCUCGCAGACGCUUCAGAGAGACCUCAAAGACUUUGAGAACACCCUAAUUCAGCUCAACCAGAUGGGUGAGCAGUUGAUCUGCAAGCUGAACCCCACCUCUGAUCUGGUGAAGAAGCAGCUCAGCCAGCUUAGGGACCAGUGGCAGACCCUGAAACAGACAGCUGCAAAUCAGACGAGGGCCCUGGGUGGAGCCAAGAACCUGCAGGAGUUCAACAAAAAAGUGGACAAACUGGAGGCCUGGAUUAAAGAGAAGCAGGAAGAGGAGCAGUCUCUGGUGAAUGUCCUAGGGGGGAAUGUUGACAAAAUGCAGCUGACCAGGAGAAUUUUAGAUCUGAAACAGGAUGAGCAGCUAUACAGAAACCUCCACGAGGAGAUCAACCACUUGGCACUAAAACUGGAGAAACAAGGGAAGACAGAUGGCAAAAACAUCUCCAGCAAGAGGAAACACAUCAAUAAAAUGUGGCUGAAGGUCCAGUCUCAUCUGAAAAACUACCAUGAAAAUCUUCAGCUGGCACUGGAGGUUUCCUCAUUCUACCAACAGGCCGAUAAUACAUUGUUUGCUAUUAAUAACAUGAGGAAAAGCAUAUCCGCAGCCAAAGAGCUGGACAGCUUCGGAGAUAGAGAAAUACGCGACAUCGCCAGUCAAAUCAUGAUGCUAGAUGUGAGCCUGUCCCAGGUGUCUAAUCUCCAUCCUGCCCUGGCGGCCGGCGUCACACAGAAGCAGAGCGAGGUGAAGGACUGCUGGGCGCUUCUUCAGAAAGUUUUCAGGAGUGACCGGACCACACUCUCUCCCACUGGCCCAGCUUUCACCAGGGAAGAUGCUGACCCCCUGACACCAGCCCGAGAACCCCAGUGCAAUGUGGGAACGGAGAUGCAAAGAAUCAUGGGAAAGGAGGUGAAGGAGGAGCAGAAUCGUCUAAAAGGCUGCGUGAGUACUGUUGAGUGUGGGAUUGGUAGGAAAACACCGAGCAACCAAAGCCAGGAGCAGCCAUCAGUGAACCACACCUCUUCACCCACGGGAGACAGCCCUGCCUGUGCAAAUGAUGUCAUCGUCAGACAUCAAUUGAAGGGAGAAAGCAGGAAGCCCAGAGCAGAGCCCAGGCUUGCCACGGCCCCGCGAGACCACCCACAGCUUCACACACAGCUCCAGAAGUUCACCGUGUCUGCUGACAAGACAUUGUCCUGGCUGAAAGACAAUGUGUCCAUGGCCACACAGGUGUGUUCAAUAGCCAGCUUUGAGGGGCUGGAGUCCGCCAAGAGGUGUCAACACGCUCUGGAACAAGAAAUUCUAACCAACAGGGCCAGGAUAGAGGUGGUCAAGCGGGAGGGCCGCGGGCUGGUCCGUGCACAGCACCCAGGCUGCGCCAAGAUAGAGGAGUUCCUCGGCCAGCUGGAAGUUCUGUGGGAAGAGCUGCGGAGGAGGCACCAGAGGAACGCUGUGUUUCUGAAGGCCUCAGAGGAGCUGGGUUUUAGGGUUGUAAAAGUGCUCCAGGCCCUGGGCAGCCUGGAAGCCUGGCUGGAGUCCGUAGAGCUUUCCAUGAAGGAAUCUGCUCUCGCUGGUGACCCUGAAACAAUGAGCAUGGCUGAGAGGGAGAGCUGUCUGCUGGAGAAAGCGAUGGCAGCACGCAGCCUGGAGCUCGGUGCUCUGAGACAGGAGGUGGAGCGCCUCCAUAGCCACAGUCACCCACACACACGAGGCCUGCCAGCACGCAUGGAGGACGUGGAAAGAAAGUACCACCGUGUCCAAAGUGCCCUGACCCAGCAGAACUCAGAGCUGCAGGACACACGAAUGCUGACUGAGUUCCUGGAGCGCGUGGAACUGGAGGAGAGCCAGGAGCUCGGUGGUAGUCAGUACAGCCUGGGCCAGCCUCUUCACAGUGAGAUUUCCUCAGCUCCUCCAUUGCUGGGACUCCAAAGCAGUGGCGGUGGUGAGCCCCUGAUAGGAAGCAUGGGGGACCCUGUGGAGGAACUACGAGAGGCCGUAGAGAUGCUAAAUGACACUGUUAGGGAAAGAGGCCGGUCGCAGAGCCACGACCAGGCCAUCCAGGAGCUGCGGAGCAAGCACGCCACCCUGGCGGUGCACGUGGAGGAGUGCUUGUGCUGCAGCAAGGAGCUGGGCCUGGACAUCCUGGAGAAAGAGACUGACAUGGCCAUCCAGUGUGAGCCAGACCGCUGCGGCCUAGAGGCUCUGCAGGAGAAGCAGGGCCACCUGGAGAUUGCCUAUAAAGUCAUCAGGGAGGAGGUAAAGGAGAUGGAGAACCAGACUGCUCGCAUGGAGGAGCUGUGCCCAGAGAGAGUGCACGUACUCAGGGCAAAGAUCCAGGCUAUGCUGCAGGGCUGGACAGAGCUGGGGAAGAGUGUGACGGAGAACAAGUCACGUCUGCAAGAGUUUGUGCAGCUCCAGGACUUCUUCAGGAGCUACCUCGCCAUGAUCUCAUGGACAGAAGACACCAGGUCGUACAUUUUCUCAGAUACCGCCUUGCAUCUUGGGAAAGAUGGCCAGAGGCCACUCGCUGCCGAGCUGGACGUACAGAUUGAGCAAAAGUUUGAGGAGUUUGAUGAGCUGGCGGACACGGGGAGGAACCUUUUAGACAAAGAACACCACCUCACGCAGAUGGUAAGAGAGCGCAUGGAGGAACUGAGGAGUAUGCUUGGGUGGAUUUCGGUGCACUGGAGGGCUCAGAAACAACAAUGGCUUCACAAGAAAAGCAGACAGGAGCCUUUCCAAGAUAACAUUUAUUCUGAGGCCACAAUGUGCUGCUCUCCAUUAACAGAGAGUUCAGCUCCUGAGGUAGAGGCCCACCAGUCCCAUCCACCCCCAGUCGUCACCUCCGAUGAAGACAAAUUUAAGACAGCAGGAGACACCCAGCCCUCAUCCCUGUCUGAGGAGAAGCAGUUGGAGGAUGGGUAUGAGGUCAUGAACAGCAUCGGACCACGGGGCAGCGAAGCCACCUCCUCAGAGUCUCCCAAACCCUCCAUUGUGGUUCUCAAAGAGCCCAGCAGCCCUGCUUUAGGGGGCACGGUCAACCUCAUCCUUAGCUUUGGUAACUCCGAGGACAGCCAGGUUCAGGUGCUUGAGCUGCCUGCUAGGAUGGACCAGUUAGUGGAGGAGACCUCUGAGCCUGUCCACAGGCCCACUGUGCCUCAAUCUUCUACCUGUAAAAACUUUUGGAGGCGCUGCCAGGGGUUUUUGGAAAAUACUAUGGGUAGUUUAAAGCGAAAGAGAAAGAUUUAUCGUCAGAGUGCAAACGAGGUAAGUACCUACUUGCAUGUCAAGGAUAACAACUUGGCUGUGGCCCCUGUGUAUGAGAGUAUCACCCUGCCCCGCCAAAAGAGCUGCAGCUCUGCAGCCUCAGCCUCCCCUGCUUUCUUGCCGUCCUCCUCCUUGCCGUCUUCCUUGGCGCCUGUACCUCAGAUGGCCAACGUAACCUUCCACCCGUUGGCGGGGAGCGGCAGCAGCUCCAUCUUCAGCAGCCUUAAGAGAAUGAGCAAGAAGAGAAAGAGGAAGAAAGACGCUCGCAGACACACAAUCCAGAAAAUCAUGGGAGUGGAGGAGCAAACAGAAGGGCUGCCUCAUUAUGACAGCGAGGCAAUCACGUAUGACACACAUACGUGGCCUCUGAAGGAAGGCAGAAGGAAGAAGAGUUCUCUAAAGAGUGGGGAUGGAGUAGAAGCUAUGGCCUAUAUGAAGAAUUCCCUGCUGAAGGACAUAGAAACAGAAUGUUCAGGAGAGUACAGCAUUAUUCCAUAUGCUGUAUCAGAGGGGCCGGCCACAAAUCCUGCGAGAAGCCACUGCAGAUUCCUCUCGUUGGGCUCUGUGCUGAGCUUCGAUCUACCCAAGGACAUGACCCUCAUCCCCAGCAUUCAGGACAUCAUCACUAUCGCCCCUCCGGAGUCCAAAAAAGGAGCAGGGACUGAUCCAGAUCCCCAUUCCCAGAGACACACAGCCCUGAGCUCUUUCAAACAGACUCGACCCACUCCAGCUGUCACACACAGUUCAGCAGAUAUCAUUUUCCCUAAAACACAGACAGUUGUGGCGAAAGAUCUGCCUCAGGUGGACAACAGCUUCCAACCCCCACUUCCUCUUGAGGAAGAUGAGGAUCAGACUGUACCAUGUAACAACCUGUCUGAAGCCCAGUUCAGUGUGCACGAGGAUGAGGAGCAGGAGUGGGACAAAAUGUCAUCAGAGGUUAAAACCAGUACAGCUGAAAGGGAUGGGACCAGCCAGCAUUCCCAGCUCCCUAUUUAUAUGAACCAAGCCCAAAAUACAGCUGCAUGUAAACACGAAUGCCCUAGUGUCCAUACGCUUAUCCGAGACCUGAAUGGACACCAGUACCAUAAAAGUGCCAGACCGCAGAGUGUGCGUGAAAAGAGCCCUGGACCUCAGUGUCUGAGCCAAGCUUCUCAUAUGGUCGUGAAUCUGAAGUCCACAGUGAGUGUGAGUGUUCGUCAGGACUCGGUUGACUCUGGAAUCUCCACCUCCAGCAGUAUCAAGCUUUGCACUGAGGCUCCAUGUCCAGAUAACCCGCAGCCCAAAGGCGUGGUGGGGAGGCUCAUGUCCCUUGAGGUGGGAGGUCUAGACUGCGCUAAAACGAGGGAGAACCCCGUAAAAUGGACAGACUCAGCAGAGCUAGAAACGGACCCCGUCCACCUCGACCGCCAGCAGUUUGAAGAGGAAGAAGAAGAACUGGAGGACAUCUGGAACCAGACAACCAACUACAGACGGAGCAUCUGCUCAGACAUCAUGUACCAACCCAACCAGGGACCCUCGGACCAAUCCAGAGAGCCCCUGUCCCGCUCACCUUCACCCAAGGCCCCGGCUGUGCUCUACAGGAACCUGGUCACAGCCUCAGCACCCAACCUCCUCGUGGCAGAGUUUAAACUGGCGCCCUACCUUCAGAGCUUGCUGGGUUACGACAAGCAACAGAGUCCCAAAAGUCAGCUCCCUCCACUGGCCAUAGGAGACAGGAGGUCCUGGGCGGCCUUCCCUAACAGGGAAGCAGCUAGCAAGACCUCAGUGACCGUGAACGAGACGGCAACAGAUCCAGUGAAGCUGCCAGAUGUGGGGGACAAUCGGAGAUAUAUUUAUCAAUACCGAGAGGAUGAGGAGGAGGAGGCACAUGUGGGGGAGGAGGUGGACGAGCACUCAGCUUUUUCGAAGGACCAGUCAAUGAGUCUGCUGUCAGUUCACAUGGGUUUGGAUGGCGUCUGUCAGCAAAGAAAAGCCUCUCAAAGCCUGGACGACAUGGAGAGGCAGGAAGAAUCUACGGCCACAGGAGGGCGCUGUAUCACCCUGAGUGGAAAGCCUGAGCUGCAGUCUAUGGAGGGAACGCUGGAGAGGAAGCACAAGCUGCAGCUGGGAGGAAAGAAAGCUGCCUCCAGGGGCUGGAACUCCUACCAUGCCGUCCUAUAUAGACACACCUUGUGCUUCUACCAGGAUAGAAAGGAUACACUGAGGAGCUCUGCAUGUGGCCUGCCUCUGAACCUCACGGGAGCCGAGUGUUCCCCUGCACCAGAGUACACCAAAAAGCCCAACUGCAUUCGACUACGGCUCCGUGAUGGGUCUGAAUAUCUGCUCAAUGCCUCCUCACGCUUUAUGAUGAAGAAAUGGAUGAUGAAAAUACAAGCAAACACGGGGCGGAGUGAGUCUGUGUCUCCACUAUCGAGUGUCCCAGUUGAUAACGACCCCUCCAUUUCCUUAAAGCCCUUCCUCUGCUCCGGUUGUCAUGGUCUCGCCAAAUGCCACUGCUCCUCCCGCCGUGAUGUCACCUCCACGUUCCCCAGGCGCAAACCGCCGGGCGCCGCCCAAACCAAAGAGAUUGUUGUCCUCACCAGAGAGUUCAGUCACAUGCCGCAGAGUCAUUUAAGGAGUGUGGAUGAGCAGUCGACCAUCUCAUCCUCAGAUGGAGGCUGUUGUGAUGGUGAAGAAGACAGUUUAAAGCAGACAAUGACCUACAGACUGUCUGGAGCAUCCGGAGACAUCACCUCUUCCUCCCCUCGCUCCCCGGUCUCCAGCGGUCAGGACUGGCUCAGCAACAAGCGUCGCUCCCACUCCUUCACGUCAGCAACGUUUCAGAAGAUCAAACCCACGUUGAACACCCCUGGAGGCAGAGGCCUGGAAAGAGGCUCCAACUACUGCGUGACUCUUGUAGUUGGAGACAAGUCAUCGGACAGCGUGUCCAUCAGCAGAAGCUCCGAGCCCCCGCUGCUGGCCUCAGCUGGAUGGCAGCAGGACGCCUGUCAGGACUCGGCUCUGAGGAGCUACGCCAGCCUGCCACGACCACGCAACAAGUCCGUCUUCAAAAAGUUCUUCGGAAAAAGGGACCUCUGAGUUUUGAAAAUGAUUUUUUACUAACCGAUAGUUUCUAAUGUGCAGUGCACAUAUUUGUUGAAAAGCAAAAAAAUACGCUACUACUGACUAUAUUUAUGAUCGGAAGUUUUAUUUUUGAGGUGAACCAUAUAAAUCACUUUAAGUCCUUUUAUAAUGAGUGUUUGUAUUAUUCUCUUUUUUUAUUUUCUUGUGAAAUGAACAAUACUGUGUGAGUGUGCACCGUGUAGUUGUAGAUUUGAUUCAUUGAAAAACACAUUUUCUCACCAGCCUUAUUUCAGAUUUCUGUUUGUAGUUUUUGGAUUGUUGUGUUGGGUUAACAGUCUCUGUAUAAAGAACCUACCUGCUCAGUAGAGAAUCUGUUUGAUACCAAAUUUCGAGAAUAAUCACCGUGAUAUCACCUUGAAUCAGUUAUGACCGAGUAUUAUCCUGAACUCAUGACAUACUUCACAUGUACAGCGCGUUGACCAAAACCUUUUCCUCUUUACACUAAAGUCAGCAGUUUGAUACUGCUUGAGCUUGUUUGAUAAUAAUACUUUUUUUAAAUACAAACUGUAGCAAAGACUAUUCAUAAUAAAAUAUUCAAAAGCAA